GUCAAAGGCAUCAAGGCAGAAAAAAAACGGAAGGAAGACGAAGAAGGCAAAGAGCAGAGAAAGUUCCGGCCAACCAUGUCUUGCUCCGUUGCGAUCUCGAGCUCUCCGGUAUUCUCACCUUCUAUGAUUUCCCACACCUGCAAGACUUCGCCGGAAAGCUUAACUCUCGGUCUUACCCAGCACCACCUCUCAACAUCGGCGGCGACCGAUGGGUCACCAUCGACGGUCCGCAGGUUCCACAGAGUGCCUAGUUGCCUUCGGAUGUGCAAGAACGAGAUCUCGGCAUCAUCUUCUCCUGGAUUAGAUUCAUCAGGCGUUUCCCCCUCGUCUUCUAGCUCGGCGUCGCCAUGUUUUUCAUCGACCCUGGCUUCGAGUUCGUGCGGAUCUGCUACGUUUACUAAGCGGAAGAGGCCCGCUCGGCUUGAUAUUCCGAUUCUGGGCUCGGUGGCUUUCGAGCAACCGCCUGGGUCGGAGGGGAAACAGGAGGUUGAGGAGGAGAGCGAUCGGUACUCGGUUUAUUGUAAAAGGGGAAGGAAGAGGGUCGAGUUGGAGGAUCGCCAUAGCGCUGCCCUCGAUCUCCGCGGAGAUCCCCAAAUGGCAUUCUUCGGUAUUUUUGACGGCCACGGUGGCUCAAAGGCAGCUGAAUAUGUUUCGAAAAGUAUUGGGGAACGGAUAUUGGAGGAGGUGGCGAUGAGUAGAGAAGAAGCGGAGAUAGAGGUGGAAGAGGCUGUGAGGAAUGGGUAUCUGAAGACCGACGUUGAGUUCCUGAAGGAGGAUGUGGGGGGAGGAACUUGCUGCGUUACGGCCUUUGUAAAGAAGGGCGAGCUCAUUGUUUCUAAUGCGGGUGAUUGUCGUGCUGUUAUGAGCGUCUCCGGGAUGGCUGAGGCCCUGACCUCUGAUCACCGGCCCUCUAGAGAUGACGAGAGGGAUAGAAUUGAGAGCCUUGGUGGCUAUGUAGAUUGCUGCAGAGGUGUUUGGAGAUUGCAAGGUUCCCUAGCUGUCUCCAGAGGAAUUGGAGAUUCCCAUCUGAAGCAAUGGGUGAUUCCUAAUCCAGAGACUAGAAUUAUUCGGAUUGAAUCUGAUUCUGAAUUUUUAAUUCUUGCUUCUGAUGGUCUUUGGGAUAAGGUUGGUAAUCAGGAGGCAAUAGACAUGGCUCGUCCCCUUUGCAUGGACUCUAAGAAGCCAUCACCUCUUUCUGCAUGUAAAAAACUUGUGGAGCUUUCUAUUUCUAGGGGAUCAAUGGAUGAUAUUAGUGUUAUGAUAAUUCAGCUGGGCCAUUUUUUUCAGACUAAGGUGAAUUAGAAUCUGAAGGAGCUAAAGAUUUUUCAUUCUUUUGAGUGAAAUUGUAAUGAAAUGGUAGAACAGGAGGAGGGAUUGGUUAGAGUUUCUGUUUCUCAAUUUCCUGUUUUACAUUGUUUUAACUAUAACCACCAGAGGUCAUUAUUCUGCCUUGAAUUAGUUGAUUCUUUUAGGGAGACAAACUUGCUCUGGAAUAGAACAUAUGGUAAUGGAGACUGUUUAUCUUGCAUUUACUAAUUUGUUUAGAUGAAACUGUCAGCCUUUGUACAUAUCAAUUAGCUUGUUAGUAUGUAUUGUAUAUCAAAUAGGUGCCUUUUGUACAUAUCAAUUGGCUUGGUAGUAUGAUAUGGAUGUUUAGUUUUUAUUUGGAAUAGAACAUAUGAAAAAUUUGUAUCUUAA